AUGUUGUGCUGUAUGCAGGACCAGCUGGAUUGUCUCGAGGAGAUUGCCACAUUUGUGAACACCCGUGUCUUUGAACUUGUAACAAAGAAGAUGCAGGAUGACAAAAAGGUUGCGAAACAGAUAGAUCUAUUGACUGCAGAUUGUAUGACGCAUUGGUUUAACGCUAUCACGAAGACAGUGAUUGAGGAUCAACUGAUUGUAUAUCUUGCGGCAGUUAUCAACUGUGCGUACAAGGUACAUUUUAAAGUCGCGUCCGCCGUCGCGGAGGCGACAAUCGCAGAUGCCAUUAAACAGUAUGAGCAUAAAUUGCUCUCUGUUCCGAAGUUGACGCCAGAAGAAAUCAGGCAGCUUGCAAAGGCUUUCACGCAGACUGAAUACAUUGGCAGUGCCAGCUAUGACUUUAAAAAUUACGUGCAAAGGUGUUGGAAAAUGUAUUGUAGGCUUGAUUUUAUGUUCAAGGCGCCAUAUGUGACGGUUCUUCAAAGCUCUGGCUUUGGCAAGAGUCGGAUGGUAUUCGAGCUUGCUCGCAUGGCACUGGAGCCACUCUCAACAUACAAAGUUAUCUACGUGUGCGCACGCAGACAUAGCUCGUAUGGGUAUCCACUAGAGACGAGAGAGCUUCGAAAGUGGCUGUUUCCUACUUCAUGCGAUUCGACAUUGAUUGGUACUCGACUUAAAGUGAUUUCUCAGUACGCAAAAGAAAAUUGGGAGACCGUUCAAGAAGAAUGGUUGAGACUUUUUACAAACCCUGAUGCUGAUGCUGACGUGUGCACAAAGCUGAACGCUUUUAAGCCGAAAAUGUCUCCAGACAAAAAAAACAGCACAUUAAAUAGUCCAAGUGAAAAAAUGGUGAUUUUGGUGAUCGAUGAAGCAAGAUCGCUGCUUGUUGGGACAAACAACAGAUUGAACCACUUUCGCUUAUUGCGACACGCUCUCUAUCGCGCCUUCACCGCGAAUGGAGGUGUUUUUGGGCUGCUAAUUGACACAAACUCAAAAAUCUCUGACUUUACGCGGCCGGUGGUGUUGGACCCAACCGGUCGACGUGGCAGAAGAAAUAAUUUGGUAAUAUUUCCGCCUUUUGUACUAACGCACACGAUGGAUUUGUUUUGGCAAAAUCAUUGUGAUGCGCAAGACCUGAAAAAAAGGAUGAGGGGGGAUGCGGCAGGGAAUUUAAGCAAUAAGGAAGGAAUGGGUACUGAUGUAACUGCAUACAGAGGCGCUGUGACCGGGAGCGAGCAGGAUGCUUGGGAUGCGUUGACUCGAAUGGGGCGGCCAAUAUGGUACACCUACGCCAAGAAUACAGAAAGCCAAGCUGUCGUGGUCAUGCUUGCUGCAAAAAAACUUUUGCUUGGGCAGAACCCCAGAUCAGGCGGCUACAAGGAAGGAAACAUGUUUGGCGUCGCAUCCUUGCUUUGUCGAGUGGGUUUGCGUCCGUACUCAACAUCACCAUUUGCGUCUCGAGCCGUCGCCGACUUAAUGGCAGUUCUUGCGUAUGUAAAUUUCGAGAAAGAAGGCUAUGUGAGCAGUUACGCCUCGGACCCGGUGCUCGCCUUGGGUGCGAUCAAAGUAUGGUAUGGACUAGACGAUGCGUUAUCACAAUUUAUCCUGCCUCAGCUAUCGAAAUUAAUCCUGAACGAAGCUCUUGACACUGGUGGGAUUGGUGAGGUGGUUGCACGUAUUGUGCUCCUUCUCGCUAUGGAUAAGUGCGCGAUAGGACGGGAAUGUUAUACCGGCCAAUUUCUAGCUGUGCAUUCAUUCUUGAAAGCUUUUGGUGCAGAAGAGAUGCCAGUAUUUACGCGGCAAAUGCGUGAAGCACCUAGCAAUACAAAAAAAGCUUUUUGGACUUGGCUAUCAAAGUGGGACGGGUGGCAAAUGAGUUUUACUCACUUUGUGCAAUUGAAGCUGGAGCCGACAGUGGAAACACUUUGGUAUUUGCUUGGGCGUCGGGCUGCAGGUAUAUUUCCUCGAAACCAAAAAGGAGCUGAUCUCUUGAUUCCAAUCUUCUGGAAAAAGAACGACAGCGAUGCAGCGUCUAAGUCAGAAACAAAAUCAGACGACGAAGCAGACGCGAAGGUUUCGCUGAUUUUGAUUCAAGUGAAUAAUCACGCUCCACACGAUAGGGAAUUCUCGAAGUCAGUGACGACGAAACUGUGCCCUUCAUUUGUUUUUGGACAAACAAUUAGGAAGACUAGAAAAUCUGUCAAAGAUUCCGACAAUUCGCUGAGCAAGAUAAGUGUCCGUGACGUGAUUUGCAUUCAUAUGUGCGUGCAAGACGAAGACAACACGCAUCACCGAUUUAUUUACGCGGAAAAGCCUAAAGAUAUAAACAAGAAAAAUGAUCGAAGUGGAGCUAAGUCGGCGAGCACAUGUAGCAGAACCAAGCAGAGUACUAGCAAGGAAGAAGCUGAGGAGCUUAGGUUUACGCUCUGUUAUCGCUCGGUGCGUUGCGAUACAUACAAGUUUCUCGAUGUGGAAGUGGCCAGGAGAUUAAAAAGUCUUGUGAAGCCUCUGGGGAACCCUUUAACACUUGUGAAUGGUGAUUUGCAGCAUCGCCAAGAGGUGGAGCAAUCUUUUAAGAAGGACCGGCGAAAUGCAGUUAUGUCACAAGCGAUGGGAGAGAAAGAGCUAAAAAAGAUUGCUUGUAAAGGGCUUACGAAUCUACCAGGACGACAAAAAGCUAGCGAGAAAAAGGACAAGAUGCUAUAG